CGGGAAGAUUGUAAACAUGGCCCGCUUGCCAUGGGACGAGACGGAGGAAAAGUUCAUGCCGUACAACGAACAGAACGACGAUUUCUGGAAGUGUGAGGAGGACGAAUCCUACACUCUGCUGGUGAUCAGCCCCGAGUCAGCCGUGGCAACCCGUCUCCUGGGAGACAAGGGGUCAGACACGUUGAAAUGCAUCAAGGAGAUCGUUUUCAUGGGUGGCUUGUUCGGCAAUGAGCAGCUCGAGCAGACGGACCCGCAAACAAUUGAAAACGCAAACGGUCCCGUUCACGACGUGAACGACUCGUCGAAUCCCGCUGACCUCACCGAGACGAACGUCGUUUCUGACGAGGCCGCGGCACGUGCUUUGUGGGUGGACAAGCUGAAAGCCGUGAACAAGGUGCCACUGCGAAUCUUCUCCCUUGAGACCGCUUCCUGCGACCGUGAUGGUCUUCAGAGCAUCCUUUUCAGUGGCCAGACAGGCAUUUACAAGGACACAGACCAGGGCAAGGCCGAGAAGCAGGGAAUCAAGAAGCUCUUGGAGAAGGUGUCUACCCAUGAUGAGAACUGGUGCGAACACCCACCCAACAUGCUUGGCCAGAUGGUCUGCAGUCACGACGAAUGCAUCGUUGCGACGCUUGAUUUUGAUGUUGUCUCAGCCACAUACAUCUGGCGUGGCGACGAGCAGAAGGACCCGCACACGAAAAUCCACUUUGAGCAGAUCAGUCCGAUGGUGGACCUAAGCACGGCCGUGACGACGUACGAAGCAUCCACCGACAGCAACGUGUGGCUCGCGACCAGCUUCGAUGCGCCAGCGUGGUUCGAGCUGCUCGAGGGCAAGCUUUCCAACUUUUAGCUAGCUCCGUCUUCUGAUUUUGUGUCCAUUGUCCUGUCCGCCUUUUGUGACUCUGUGUCCAUUACUCUGUGCCCUGUACUCUGUAGAUUAGCCCCAGCCGCUGCGGUCCCCGUGUUCAUUGCACCCCACCCGCGGCUUACAGUCAUACGUCAUAGCUGUGUUCAUUAUGUUCCAUGGAAUUCCUUGAUGUUU